AUGGGUACACUAAUGGGUCAUAUUUUACCUGGCACAUUCUUCGCUAUAUUUGCCAUAUGGUGGGGUUUUUGUGUUGCCGUAAAACAUUUUCAUUCUCGUCAUUCAUCAAAAAAAAAUCGAAAACCAAAUCCAUAUCAAUCAUCAACAACAUUCGCAUGUUUAUGUUGUUCAUCAUCACUACGACAAAUUCCUCUUGAAUCUUAUGUAAAAUUAAUCUGUGUUAGUAUUGGUAUAUUAGGUGAAGCUGUAACUGGUUUAAAACAUCCAUAUGAUAGUACAUCACAAAAACGUGUUUGGACAUUUGUUGAAGUUAAUGCUCAACAUAUAACAAUGUUUUUUUCAUUUGGUUUUGCUUCAUUAAUUGAAAUACUUGUUCAUGCUAAAUAUGAUUUACCAAAAGGAAUUGAAUAUAUUGCAAAUAUUUUUGCAUUUAGUGUUGAAGGAUUUUUAUUUCAUUUUCAUCUUCAUGGUAGAAAUGAUAUUGAUAUUCAUGUUCAUACAUUACUGGUUUAUAAUAUAUCAUUUUGUGUUUUGGCUGGUAUAUGGGAAUUUAAUCGACCCAAUCAAAUUUUAGCUAGUUAUUGUAGAAUUGUUGCAACACUUUUACAAGGAGCUUGGUUUUAUGCAGCUGGUUUUAUUCUUUAUUUUCCAUCGGAUGAUCCUUAUUGGUUAUGGUCACCAAGUCAUGGACAUAUAUUAAUAAUAACUGUUUUAUUUAUUUGGCUUGGUUUAUUAGCGAGUAUAUUUGUUUUGAUUCAAUCAGCAAUUGUAUGGUCAAUUUUAAAACGACGUUAUCGAGAUUUUGAUCGUUAUAGUGUACUUAAUAAUGAUGAUGACGAUGAAGACGAGGAUGAUGAUGUAUUAGAUAAUAAUGGUGGAAUUAUAAAAUCAAAUAAUCAUAGAUUAAAACCAUUUAAAACAACAAGUAAUGGAAAUGCUACUAUCAAUUUAAAUGAACAUGAAAAUGAUGAUAGUGAUAGUCAAAUUGAAUUUGAACAAAGACAAAAAUAUUCAUCAAAAAUAUAA